AUGGCAACUUAUCAAGUUCCUGCCCCUGCCCAGAUGUCUUUAAAGGGUGAUAUGAUAGAAAAUUUUAAAACAUUUAAAUCACAAUGGGAAUUUUAUCUAUUGGCUACUGAAUUAGAUAAAAAGAUGCUGAAUGAAGAUGGGACUGCAAAUAAUGCUGGCAAAACGCAGGUAGCUGCUACACUUUGUUCAGUAAUAGGCCCAGGAUGUUUGAAAAUAUUAAACAGCAUUGCUGGUGUCACAGAUGCAGAUAAAAGGGAUCCAGAAAUUAUCUUACAAAAAUUGGAAACACAUUUCAUUCCCCAGAGACAUGUUUUGUUUGAAAGAUUCAAAUUUUUCAGUGCUGUGCAAGCCGAAAAUGAGACAAUAGAUAAUUUAGGUGUAAGAUUGAGACAACUUUCAGCAAGGGCUAGUGAAUUGUCUAAAACACAUAAAGAACAAAUGCGUUCAACACAAGAAAAUACUAAUCAUGAGGUUCAUGGUACACAACGCAUACAGAAACCUAAGAAAACCAAGUUCAAUUUCAAACAGAAGAAGUUCACAGAGAAUAAGUCAGCUUCUUCUCCUCAGGAGACUAAUGAUGAAUGGAGAAAUACUCCUGAUAUUAAUGGAUUUAGCCCAGUUCAAAAGCUUAUGUCUCGAAGAACUAAAACAACUAUGCCAGUUGCUAAUAUCUUACUUCAACCAACUGUAGUUCAAGAUGUUCCUGAAAUGGUUAAGAUAAAGAGACAGAAAGCUAAAUUGAAUUAUGAUCGUUAUACUAAACCUUUGCCUGAAUUAGAAAUUGGUGAACCUGUGAGACUUCAGCCAUUUAAACCAAAACAACCUUGGUCUUCAGGUUCAUGUGUUGGUAAAGUUGGUCCCCGAUCAUAUCUG